GGAGUCCUGCGGCCGCGGGUCCGGCCGUAAAUUUGUCCGAGACGUCGUAAUGGCUUGUGGUGCCUCACUUGACAGUUGGGCUCUGGCUUCCGCACCGAGCAGACCGCGCGUGUAGCUGCUCCUGGCCUCAUUUUUGUCGUAGAAAGUUACCUUCAGGAAGUGAUGUUAAGGAAUGACUCGCGGAAAUCAGAGUGUGCUCGUCAUUUUUAUUCUUGCGCUGAACUUGAGUUCGGGCAACGCGGCUCCUUUCCUCUCUCGCCUGCUGAGCUACGUGACGGGCGGGGACACCGUGGCAGCCGCUGCUCAGGACGACACAGCCAGCAGCGGCAACAGGCGCUUCAUCAAGUCGCUCAAGUCGCACAAAGACGUGAAAUACUCGGACUACAAGCAUGGCUACGAGGACGAGGAUGACAAGUACGAUACUUACUACGUACACAUCCCUCCUGAAGGCUACCGUGAUGAUCCUCACAAGUAUAAACCUCUCUACAACCAUGCCGAUGGUGUCGACGUAUGGGAGUUGCCACCGUUCUGGGACGGUCGACUGAUCAUGCCUAACUUCGUGCCUGAGAUCCAACAUCCUCCAAAACCCAUCAAGAAAGACGAGAGGAUCGUCAAGGGUUGGGACAACAGGUAUGGACUGCGCCUCGCCAUUCCUUACAUCGGGGACUUCCAAUACCUCAGGGAAAUGGGACCUGGGGACUUCAUUCCUCAGCUGGGACCUGGAAAAUUCGAGUACCCGGGACCCGGAGAAGUUGACAACCCUGGCCACAAAGAAUACGACCCCUACCCCCCCGAGCUGUACCACACCACCACCCCCCCUCCCCCCGUGCUCGACCUCACCGCCUUCGAGGGCCUGCAGAACUACCCGUGGUACUCCAGGAGAUGAUAUAUAUACCACCCGUGUACUCCAGGAGAUGAUAUAUAUACUACCCGUGUACUCCAGGAGAUGAUAUAUAUACUACCCGUGUACUCCAGGAGAUGAUAUAUAUACUACCCGUGGUACUCCAGGAGAUGAUAUAUAUAGUGAAAAUAUAUAUAUAUCCGUCAUCAGGAGUUCCGUGAUCAGGAGUUCCGUGAUCACGAGUUCCGUGAUCACGGAACUCGUGAUCACGAGUUCCGUGAUCAGGAGUUCCGUGAUCAGGAGUUCCGUGAUCAGGAGUUCCGUGACCGUAAGUCCCACGAUAUUAGUUGUUUGACAGGAAUUAUGGUUAUAUUUUUCGGGCUUAUCUCUCCCCUGCAUUAUAAAAGUUCAUGUCUACUCAGUUAUAAAUCUCACCAUCACAUACGUGAUUCUUUAGCAAUGUUACAAUUUCUUUCUGACUUAAAGAAUUCUUUUAAAAUGUGUUAAUAAAACGUAAAAGAUUUCCAUCAACGUUAUAUAUAAAACAUUUAAGAUAAUGAACAUAAUUUUAGGUUUGGAAAAUACCAAAGUUUUUAAUGUGAUGCAGAUGAUGCUAAAGAUGAUCGUUAUCAGGUCUAUAAUUGGAGUAUAAUAUAUUUUAAAUAUUAUACUAUAUACGCUAUAUAU